AUGUCAACGCCGGCGAGGAAGAGGUUGAUGAGGGAUUUCAAGAGGUUACAACAAGACCCUCCUGCCGGCAUCAGUGGUGCUCCCUUUGAUAAUAACAUUAUGCUCUGGAACGCUGUAAUUUUUGGCCCUGAUGACACUCCUUGGGACGGUGGUACGUUUAGGUUGACAUUGCAAUUUACUGAGGAUUACCCAAAUAAGCCUCCAACUGUGAGGUUUAUUUCAAGAAUGUUCCACCCAAAUAUUUAUGCUGAUGGAAGUAUCUGCUUAGAUAUUCUGCAAAAUCAGUGGAGUCCAAUCUAUGAUGUAGCAGCGAUUCUGACUUCCAUCCAGUCUCUGCUUUGUGACCCAAACCCUAAUUCACCCGCCAACUCUGAAGCUGCACGGUUGUUUAGUGAGAAUAAGCGUGACUACAACAGGAAGACUUGCCAUUUUAUUUCGGGUUGGGGAACUGGGUUUGGGAAGGGGAAAUUUAAGGGUGGUGAGUAUUGUCACAUUAAAGAUACCUUGUGUAAGUUGAAACUUUACAGGGUGGGAACUGUCGGUGUGGUAGCUGGUCCAGAUUCUACUGCUAGGCUCAGCCCUAUCUGUUCUCAGUUGGCCAUAUGUAUACGAAUAAUGACAUUGUAUUGGAUGGAACAUUUUGGUUUAUCAACUAUUACUAUUAGCACAAUGAGACACUGUAUAAGAACCGCUCCUCCUGGUGCUGGUAAGUGGGAUCUUAUGGAGCGUACCAUCCUGAACAUUGAUGACGAAGUUGGAGUUUAG